CUGAUAUCAUCUCUGAUGAGGGGACCCUUCCUUAGACUAUCCACCAAGUUACUAAACAUAUCCAUAGCCUCCUUUUGCCGAGCCAAGCACCUUGAAAAAGCCGAAUCUGCCCUAAUUGACGGCAUUAGAUUAGGGGUACUUCCCGAUACCGUGACCUACAACACACUCAUAACCGGAUACUGCCAAAUUAUCGGGUUCGAUGCCGGUUAUUCCAUUAUCCACCGCAUGAAAGAAGCCGGAAUAUCCCCAGAUGUCGUGACCUACAAUUCCUUAAUGGCUGGUGCCGCCAAACACGACUUAUUACCUCAAUGCCUCGACAUGUUAGACGAAAUGCUCGACUCUGGAAUUAUUCCCAAUGUGUGGAGUUACAACACGUUGAUGCACUGCCUUUUCAAACUGGGAAAACCCGACGAGGCCUACCGUGUCUUUCACGAUAUUCUCAUGAAGAAUAUUACCCCUUGUCAGGCCACAUUCAAUAUUAUGAUAAACGGGCUUUGUAAAAACGGGUACUCUAGCAAUGCCCUCAGGUUAUUUCGUAAUUUGCAGCGAAAGGGGUAUGUUGCCGAGAUAGUAACGUAUAACAUCCUUUUGAAUAGUUUGUGUGGUUCGCGAAUGUGGAAAGAUGCGAUGAGGCUUUUCGUGGAGGUUAAGGAAUCGGGCUGUAGCCCGAAUGCCAUUACUUACACGACUGUCAUGAAAUGCUGUUUUAGGUGCAGAAGGCUUAAGGAAGGAGUUGAGAUUUUCAUGGAGAUGAAGAGAGAUGGGUACGUGUACGAUUUGUUCUCUUACUGCACGAUUGUCGGUGCAUUGUUGAAAUCGGGGAGAAUUCGGGACGCGAGUAAGUGCAUUGCGAAUAUGAUUAAGAUAGGUUACGAGCUCGAUUUAGUGUCUUAUAACACGUUAAUAAAUUGGCGCUGCAAGGAAGGUGAACUGGAGAAGGCGUAUAAUUUGGUGGGUGUGGCUGAAGAAAGGGGCGAGAAUUGUGAUGCCUACACGCAUACUAUUUUGAUCGACGGGCUUUGCCAGGCUGGCGAAAUAGAUGUCGCACGGAGACACUUGGAUCAUAUGAAAAUGAUGGGGCUCGAUUGUUUGGUUGCGUUUAAUUGCUUUGUGAAUAGUCUCUGUAAAGCAGGUCAUUUGGAUUAUGCUCUGCAGAUUUUUGACUCGAUGGAUGUAAAGGAUUCAUUUACUUAUUCUUCAUUGGUUCAUAAUCUUUGCAAAGCCAGGAGGUACCGUUUGGCUGCGAAGCUCUUGCUCUCUUGCAUUAGGGAUGGAUGUAGGACGCUAAAACCGGACCAAAAGGCUGUUGUUAAGGGUCUCAGUCUCACGAGCUCUAAGUAUGACGUGAAGAAGUUUAAGCAGAAAAUCCGAAUAGCGAAAUUGUUUUGGUUUUAUCCGGAAAUGUUGCAAAUUACAUGGGUCAAAUGGCAAAUGGCUAUUGGCAAGUUGGGAACUCUCGGGGGCUUCGUUCGAGAGGUUCAAAUCAAGAAGAUGAUGAUUUUUCAGGCUAACAACUUGUGGCAACAGGCUCUUCAACAAAUGCACCGUAUACUAACAGCUCGUCAGGCAGCUCAUGCCCUCCUUGCAAUCAACGACUACUAUUUUCGACUCCGGGCCCUACUCUCACUUUUGGCUGGCCCGCCCUCGCCAAAAGAAAAUCUUGCUGCUGCCAUGGAAGUUUAG